GCUAAACGCCGUAAGCUAUAAAGAAGUUAUAGGGGGGCGUUUUCGGCUUCCAAUUAGGAAUAAUAUUGGCUUCGUAGCAACUACCGAGGAGGAGGAUUCUAAAACAACCUCACCCGUCCCAAAGCCCACAUCCCCCUCCUUCUCGCACGCACCCCUCCCCCAAUUCAUGACCAAGAAAAGAAAAGGGAGCCAGGGCGCGCUCUGCUCCUCUCUGCCGGUGGGAAGCGGAGAGGCCGGCGGAGUGGCUUAGUUGGACGGUAGGCAUGAGUAGAAUUAAGAGGUGGGCGCCUCCGCACCCUUGGCCGCCAGCGGGGACUGAAGUGGCCUGAAAGAGGUGUCCGGCAUUCCGGUUGUUCCCAAAGGGCUCAGAGCCAUCUCAAAUGCCACGGGACUGAAGCGCCAACGUCGGGGAUGAUUAUGUCGAUUUUCCGAGGACCGGGGUUCGCAGCGCGGAACAGAAGAAAAGGCUGGCUCCUCGGGGAUCUCGCCGGCAUUUGAUACCCAGACACUCCUAGGAUUGCCCAGCUUGCCGCCGAUCAGCAGCUUUCCUACGCUCGCAUCCCGCGUUUUUAAAGAAAGUAUCUUCUGUUCGCCGCGUUGGUCUUUUACUACCCUCGGUACACGGAAGCCAAGACUCCAGUCUCUACAUUCGAAGUAUGCUUUAUGUUUUUGCUAAAUAUGAUCUCUAAUUGAAAGUUUAUUUUUUGGUUUUGGAUGAAUCUGUGGAGCUUAUGUGGUAAGAAGAAAGGGGGAACGAGACACAAUGAAAGAGAAGUCCAAAAAUGCUGCCCGGACUAGGAGGGAGAAGGAAAACAGUGAAUUUUAUGAACUGGCAAAAUUAUUGCCUUUGCCCUCGGCUAUCACCUCGCAGCUGGACAAAGCAUCCAUAAUCAGACUCACGACCAGCUAUCUCAAAAUGAGAGUAGUGUUCCCAGAAGGGCUCGGCGAGGCAUGGGGUCACUCGAGUCGGACCAGCCCCCUGGACAACGUUGGCCGAGAACUGGGCUCUCAUCUGCUCCAGACCCUGGAUGGCUUCAUCUUUGUGGUGGCACCAGAUGGGAAGAUCAUGUACAUCUCAGAAACAGCCUCAGUCCACCUGGGUCUUUCUCAGGUAGAGCUGACCGGGAACAGCAUUUACGAAUACAUCCACCCGGCCGACCACGACGAGAUGACGGCCGUGCUCACCGCCCAUCAGCCCUAUCACUCUCACUUCGUCCAGGAGUAUGAGAUCGAGCGCUCCUUCUUCCUGAGGAUGAAAUGCGUCUUGGCCAAGAGGAAUGCGGGCCUCACCUGCGGCGGCUACAAGGUCAUUCACUGCAGCGGCUACCUGAAGAUCCGCCAGUACAGUUUGGACAUGUCCCCCUUCGACGGCUGCUACCAGAAUGUGGGCCUGGUGGCCGUGGGCCACUCGCUGCCUCCCAGCGCCGUCACGGAGAUCAAGCUGCACAGCAACAUGUUCAUGUUCCGCGCCAGCCUGGACAUGAAGCUCAUCUUCCUGGACUCUAGAGUGGCGGAGCUGACUGGGUACGAACCUCAGGACCUGAUUGAGAAGACCCUGUACCACCACGUGCACGGCUGCGACACCUUCCACCUGCGCUGCGCUCACCACCUGCUGCUGGUGAAGGGGCAGGUGACCACGAAAUACUACAGGUUCCUGGCGAAGCACGGCGGCUGGGUCUGGGUACAGAGCUAUGCGACCAUCGUGCACAACAGCCGCUCGUCCAGGCCACACUGUAUCGUCAGCGUCAACUAUGUUCUCACGGACACGGAAUACAAAGGGCUGCAGCUCUCUCUGGAUCAGAUCUCAGCCUCCAAACCAGCCUUCUCCUACGCCAGCAGCUCCACUCCUACCAUGACUGACAACCGGAAGGGGGCCAAGUCCAAGCUCUGCAGCUCAAAGCCGAAAUCCAGGCCCUCCCCGUACCCUCAGUAUUCGGGAUUUCACACGGAAAGAUCGGAAUCCGAUCACGACAGCCAGUGGGGCGGAAGCCCCCUGACCGACACGGCCUCCCCGCAGCUCCUGGACCCCGGCGACAGGCCGGGCUCGCAGCACGACGCCGCGUGCGCCUACAGACAGUUCCCCGAUCGCAGCUCCCUCUGCUACGGCUUUGCGCUCGACCAUUCCAGGCUGGUGGAGGACAGGCACUUCCACACCCCGGCCUGCGAGGGAGGCCGGUGCGAGGCAGGCAGGUACUUCCUGGGAACGCCGCAGGCCGGGAGGGAGCCCUGGUGGGGCUCUCGCGCAGCCUUGCCCCUGACCAAGGCCUCCCCAGAAAGCAGAGAAGCCUACGAAAACAGCAUGCCUCACAUCGCUUCCGUGCACAGGCUCCACGGGCGAGGUCACUGGGAUGAAGAUAGUGUGGUCAGUUCUCCAGACCCGGGGUCUGCCAGUGAAUCAGGUGACCGAUACCGCACUGAACAGUAUCAAAGUAGCCCACACGAACCUAGCAAAAUUGAAACUCUGAUAAGAGCCACCCAGCAGAUGAUUAAAGAAGAAGAGAACAGAUUGCAGCUGAGGAAAGCACCCCCAGACCAACUGGCUUCCAUUAAUGGAGCUGGGAAAAAACACUCCCUCUGUUUUGCAAACUACCAACAGCCCCCACCGACAGGCGAAGUCUGCCACGGCUCUGCGCUUGCCAACACUUCGCCAUGUGACCACAUCCAGCAGAGAGAGGGAAAGAUGCUGAGCCCCCAUGAAAAUGACUAUGACAACAGUCCCACCGCACUGUCUCGGAUAAGUAGUCCCAAUUCGGAUCGCAUUUCAAAAUCCAGUUUGAUCCUAGCUAAAGACUUUCUGCAUUCGGAUAUGUCUCCUCAUCAGACAGCAGGAGACCAUCCUGCCGUCUCUCCAAACUGCUUUGGCUCUCACCGGCAGUAUUUUGAUAAGCAUGCUUACACAUUAACUGGGUAUGCCCUGGAGCACUUAUAUGACAGCGAAACCAUUAGAAACUAUUCCUUGGGCUGUAAUGGCUCACACUUUGAUGUAACUUCCCAUCUAAGAAUGCAGCCAGACCCAGCACAAGGACACAAGGGAACAUCUGUUAUAAUAACCAAUGGAAGCUGAUGUUUUUCUAAAAUAUUUUGUUCUUUAAGGAGCUCUGAAACAUAUUUAUAAUUUAAUUCCCCAUUACCAGCAUUUACCAUGCCACAGAUUGUUAGAGAGGAUAAUUUAAGUUACUGGGUAUUUGACAUGUGUUCCUGUGAAAUCAAAGAAAACAGCACUAGCAUUCAGGGUUAUACACAGAUAAGGGAGCUAAAGUGAAUAUACAAAUUGCCCCUCUAAUUAUAUGGGAACCAGAAUAGAUGAAUUUUGCGUUGAAAAAUACUCGUGUAGCUUAAGUGAGCACAUACACCACGUGAAAGGACUGACGGAGGACAACAUUGCCUUGUGUCGAUCCAGCAACCCUCAUACACACAGACCGCCAUCCACAAACUGCUGUGCACACUUUACAUGCAGACAUGUAGAUGGAUGCCAUAAAUACACCCCAAAUGGGCAACUUUCCUUAACCGCAGCACGUUAAGCUUCCUAAAUUUCCAUUUCCACAAUAACUAAGACACAGAGAGAUACAUCUUGUAAACUGGUCUCUUCUUUGUGGUUUCAACCAGCCAGCUCAUUUGGUUCAAGCGUAAAUUAGGGAGAUGGUUCUGGAUGUGGUACAAGAAUGAGUUUUCACCUGGUACCCAUUAGAAGCAAUCAGGAAGGGGUGAUUUUUCACCUUUGGAGUUAGACAAGGAACAGGAUCACACUGACAUAGCAAUAAGGGUUUUUCUAAGUCAAAGCACUGAGAUGUUGGGACACACAUCAAAAACCUGGUGUGCUCAAUUGGAACUAGUUUAGUGGGGAUAGAAAGGCCAGAGGCAGAAGGAAAUGGAAUGAUAUCUCAAAACCAACAAUUUAAGGCUCAGAAUAUAUAAUCAGCAUAUUUGGGGCUUAUAAAACCACCCCAAUAAAAAGUUCAAACCGAUUCAUCGAGAAAAAAGGCUAAGUGUAAAAAAUAACUAAGGAAAACCAGUGAAGUGCUAUAUGACAGCAGUGUAAGUGUUUGAAAACAUUUCAAAGCACAGAUGUGCAAAUGUGACAGCAUGUGGAAAGCCUCAGGAGAAAGUCUGAGAUAAAAGCUUGGGUUGAUAGACAAGUGAUUUAAAGCACAAGAGGAGUCCGCUGACUGAAGGAGCAGGCAAAGCAUUCAUUUUCCUUAUUGUUUGUAAACAACAAAAACUUGGUCUUAAGCUCAUGUGAUGCAGUACAAAGACCAGCAGACUAGAUGCCAAGGUCUCUGCAUUCCAGCUCUGACCUUGCCUGUGGCUUAUUUAGGUGUGUCCCUCACCGCGCCUGGACCCCAGUGUCUUUGUCUGUAUGGCACUUCUCCUGUCCUCUGGUUGUGUGGUUCAUCGGUGCAGCAGAACUCAGCUUGUUAACCAGUUAACUCUCUGCUGUGAGUUGUCAAGGCUGAUCACCCUGGCUUUUCUGCACUCAUACAGAGGUCCUGCUUUGGAAUUCAAGCAAGUGCAUGGGCUCUUUUAGACAUGGAUGGUUACAGUCAACUUUCUAGAUUCAGACAAAAUGUAGAUGGUAGAAACUGCUGAGGGAGAAGAAAAAUAAGUAAGAAUUAUUUAAUGCGCUAUUCUCUAGGAAUCAAAGCAAAGUGACGUAAGUGAUUAGAGAGGGUUCAUAGAUAAUAUUUCCGAGGAGUCCCAUGCCUGAAAUUCUUACCAUAUUCAAGGAGGGGAAUGUAUUGGAAGAACUUGACUUGUAAUUUUGAAGGCAGAACAUGACAUUGAACACUCAGGGAUUAGUGCUAUAUUUUCAUCAUUUCACACACUUAUUUGGCAGUCCAUAGGUAGGUGACAAUCUGAAUGGGAUAAUCUCAGAGAUGAAUACUGGGUUGUUUGUAUAUGAGAAAAGAAAUGAAUUGUUUCUUGGGUGUGACAGAGCAACGUUUGUGCUGUAAAUAGACAAAGUUCAGGUAAGUGAGAAAGUUAGUGGUUAUCAUAUAUACUUUCAAAAAAGUUUGAAGAACAAUAAAAACUAAACUUUGAACUAUACAAGAAAAAGUAUUCAAUAAUUUUGAGAAAAAUAUUUAUGAGAAACCCCUGGAAUAUUUAAAAUGGAUUUUCAAUCAAUUUGCAAUAUGAGGUAACGUUUUAGGAAUGCUAAAGUUUUUGCAAGAUUCUGUAGAUGGAUAAAUAGUUCAAAGACACAACUAUCUGAAGAACAUGGUGUAUUUUGGAAAGGGAAUCUAUACAGAUGGGUUUUACUGGUGGAUAUGCAUUCUGCUGAAAAUGUCAGGAGCAGAUGCUAUAAAUGAAAUAGAAUCUUAAGAAUUAAGGAGAAUGAUGUGAAAGAAAAAAUUAUCACUAAAGAAAUUUCAGUGGAAUUUUUAUAUAAAAGAUAGUUAAUUGAUGAAAGAAAUAAGUUAAUGAACUCUACAAAUAGGGGAAAUCAGAAAGAAUAAUGCUCUUUAAAAUAGUAUGACCAGUAUUUUUAAAUGAAGGCAGAAUUAACUAAAUUACAUCUUGAUUAAAAAUUUUGGUAGAUCGGUCCAGUUUUAAAUACCUAACCCUUUAUUUAAUUUACAUGUCAAUAAUUUAUAGUAGCAGAUUCAUUACAUUACAUAUAAUGCCUUACAGGCCCACAGUAUUAUAUAUCCAACAUUUUUUUGCAAUGUGGCGUGAUUAUUACAAAAUGACCCAAAAUAAGUCGACAAUUUAUGACAAACUUUGAUAUACACAUAGAUGUGUUAAAAGGUAUUUAUAAUCUACACUAUUUUGUUCUGUGCAGGAACCUAUUUCCUCAUAAUGAAGAUGUUAAAUAUGUCUUUUUAAAAUAUGGGAUGUAAAAUAUGUAUGUUCCCAAUAACUUAAUCAGUUAAAAUUAAACUUAAAUUGGCUUUCGUUUUAAUCCUUGAUUUCCACAACUUUGCUAAAUGCUAAGAAUCAUGAUACUUUGUUGAAAUAGAGAAGUAUGAUUUUUAUAUCACCUUGAGGAUUCAUAAAAAUGUGCUAUAUCCAAUUACCAGUACAAAAUGUAGCAAUUCAUUAGAUGAUACAAAGCUCAUGCCUUCCGGUAAUAGUAAGAGUAUCUUUAUUGCCCAUUUUACCUGCCUGCGCUACCUAAUUAAAAAAUUUGGAUGACCAAAGAAAUAAAGGAAUAUUUCCCCAGUCUUCCUUGGGGAAAUUAUGUUAAAACUAUUGUUGAGAAUAUACAGAUUUGAUGUAUUAUUUUUGGAUGCAUAAUAUUAAUGUCACAAUCACUACAGAUCAGAUGCUUGGGUGUGCUUUGCUCCACAAGUCUUUUGACAGACUAUGCUGAACAUAAUGGGCUAGCUUUUCUAAACUGUAAUCGCCUGAUACAGGAUAAUAUGGCACAGUGCUGAUGUGACAUUCAAAUUGAGACAGAAUGCAAUAAAUGAUUUGCCUUCAGUGUUUAUACAGAAAAACCACUUAUUCUUUCUUGAUUAUAUUUUAUAGGGCCAGAAUAUUUCCAUUGGGUACUAUUCUUAAUUCUCUCUACACCCCACUGCCACAUGCUGCCUCUGGGCAAAGAAUCCCACUUAUAAUAAGCUUUAAUAGGAUCUUUUAGAAAAGGAUAAUAUGCUCCAUUUUCUUUUCUUUUUUUAAUGGGGGAUGAGGAUUGAUUCAAUAAAAGAUCACUCGCAAAAUAUGCAUAGAUAUUCUAAAAUAAAAUGCAAGGCUUUUUCCCCCCAAGACCUAGACCAAAUAAGUUUGAUAGAAGACACUACAGCUAAAGAGACAUUCUGAAUACAGAUGUAAUAUUUUAUGGUUCGCUCGCUCUCUCUUCUUCAAGAGCAGGAUGUUACUAAGAUAUUCAGUGCAAUUCUCUUAGUACUAGUAGCAUUUGGAAGUGACUGAAUAAAUGGUGAUAUUUGGAAAACUGAGGAUUUGGCCAUUUUGGGGUCACCUUGCCCAGUGGAAUAGCUUACACUUUAAUAUACUCUUCUUUAUUUAAAAAGUUUGAAUGCCCAAAUUUGGCUCCCCAAUUCACUCAAAUCACAGGAAUAGACAUUACAUCCUGUUUUCCGAAUGACAGUAAAGAAUGUAAAUCCUAUGGUUCUCCAAAUAAGUGAUUCACCUUUCAUGUACAUGUCAGUUUUUGUGAAUAGGAAUUUGACUCUAAGAUAGGAAAAUCUCUUGGUUACUUCUUACUGGGAAAUGCUUUGUGGAUAAAACAUUCAUUGUCGUUCUACACUUCAAAUGAAUGACAGAACAGCUAUGGACACAUGCUAAGGGUGUAUUACAUAGAAAAUCUUCUUGGGGAGAAUUUCCGUGUGGUGCUCAUUUCUUGUGCACAAGAGUUGUUCGGGCAGUGCUUAACUCAAAAAGUGAGAUCGUGACCAUAUCCAAAUAGGGGUUUGUUUGGAGUUCCUUGUCUAGGACUGUAUGCAGAAAGGCUGUAUGUGUGUGUGCCUGUGUGUCAGCUCCAUAUAUAUACACGCACACACACAUACACACAAUUGUAAAGCAAGUAGCAAGAUUCUCUUCUGCUGUGCUCCUUAAAAACUGAUGGUUCACACAAGAAAUCCUAAUAAUUUUAAACCAAACAUUUAUAGUUUUAUUUAUUGCAAUUUUGCUGCAUGGGACUUUGCUUUCAUAAACAUAUAUAGUAGAGACUUUGUCCUAAUUUGCUGAUCUGGAACACAUUUAAUCAUAGUUGAAUUUACACCCAACAUCCCUGGUGUGUUUACAUUUCAAAAGAAAUAAAAUCGGCGUACACAAAUUUUUAGAAGUACUGUAACUUUUUUUCUGUUUUUUUUCCACAGGGAAAUAUUUCAAAAAAUGAAACAUAUGAAUAGGCACUUCAAAAAAGAUAAAAAUAUUUUAUGUUUGUUUUUUGACUGACAUGUUCUAAAAAGGAUUAUAUUUGUGAAAGAAGAUACUGAUUGCCAAUAUUUCAAAUAUCAUCUUGCAAUGUAUAGUUUUUAGUGACAUCGUAGUAUAAAUCUGUCAUUUGAACUUUUACUUUGGAAUGUAAAGUAGAAAAUAUUAGCUAUGUCAAUGAUAUCUUGCAAAGUGUCUCCAUUUAUAAUUAUUUAUAUUGUAAAUAGCUUUCUGAAGUAAAUUCGAAGUUAAUGUGCAUAAAAUGUAUUUAUUAUGUGAGGAAUUUUUUGGUUUAAAAUAUAGUUACCAAUAUGCA